AUGACCCAAACGGUAGGCACGUACUUGGUGGAAACUGAAACGUUCUUCCUCCUGUGCAGUCGCGGCACACGCCCUGAUAUUAAAAGUACGCUUUCUGCAGCUUGCAGCAACGUUGUGCCGUGUAGCUCCGCAAACUCGAGCUGCUGCCGUGUGACGUCAGACACGGCUGGGGCGGACUGGGUGCCGAGCGACGACAGCGGCGGCAGCGACGACUCCUCCCCGCGGCGGCGGCCCCGCGACCCGUUCCUGCCGGAGAACCGCAUCCCGCUGCCGGGCGCGGAGGCGGAGGCCGAGCACGGCUGCUGCGGGGGCGGCAGGCGGCGCAACGAGAGGGAGCGGCAGCGCGUGCGCAGCGUCAGCGACGCCUUCCACCGGCUGCGGCGCCGCCUGCCCGCCGUGGCCGGCCGCCGGCCCGCCAGCAAGCUGGAGGUGCUGCGCGCCGCCAUCGCGCACAUCCCUCUGUGA